CCUCUAUCAAAUGAUAUCUUUUCAAACCUAAACCUACCAAUCUUUUAGCUUGCUAACUUUAAUUUAGAUUUCUAAGACAAUACAAAUUUAAAUAUUAAUAUUAAUUAGAAUUCAAAUACCCAACAAAUUAUUUUUUAGAAUAUUACAAUAAACUUUUAAUGCUUUAGCAGUAAUAAAAUAAUCUUUUCAGAUGUUCAAAAAAUUAUAUUUUAAAAUAUUAAAAUAUCUUAGUAAGACCUUAGAGAAUGCUCAGGUAACCUCAACUAAGCAAGCUCUUUAUUCUUUUUUAAUAAUAUAUCAUAAAUUUUAAUUUACAACCUAGAAAUAUUGAGUAAUAAUUUUAAUCAGAUAAACGAGAUACCAAUAUUUUAAUUUGAUUCAGUAAAUAGCAUUUAAAUAUCUGAAUUAACUGUAGUACAAAACACAAAUUUAAAUAGCUUGAUGGGUUUUUUAAACAUUUAUAAUGUAACUCUUUUAAAUUUAUCAAUUAAAAAUAAUAUUAAUCAAAUAGUAUUAGCAUAGUAAGACUAUGGAAUAUUCUCCUUUUCUAAGUGCUAAAUAAUAAAUCUAAUUUAUUGCUCAUUUUAAAAAAAUAAUUAAUUACAUUUAUUCUAUACCUAAAAUUCAUACACUAAUGAAAAUCAAACAACUGUUUUAGAGAAUGAUGUUUUAGUUUUCAUAGAUGUUAAAAUAGAGCAAAAUAUAUUUCCUGCAAAAUCAAUUUUGUUUAUUUAAAGCUCUUUUGUUUAUUUAAAUAAAUUAACUUAUGUUCAAAAUGAAGGUUCAUUUUUAAUUAUGAAAUCUUAGAAUGUGACUGUUAUUAAUAGCUAUUUUAGUGGUAAUAAAGCAUAAAAUGGAGGAGCUAUAUAUUUUAAGGCUAUUCAAUAAAUAAUAAAUUUUAAAACCUGCUAAUUUGAAUAAAAUACUGCCUUAAGUAGUGGUGGAGCUUUGUAUUUUGAAAACAUACCAUCAUGCAAAGUAAUAUUUGAUUCUGAUACAAAAAUCAAAAAUAAUAGAGCUUUAAUUGGGGGUGGAUUAAGGAUUGUUUAGACUGAUGAAAGUCAGAUUCAGUUACCUUUUGGCUUUCCUUUCAUACAUAAUGUGUAUUAAAAUUUAGCAGAUAUAUAUGGAAAUGAUAGCACAUCAUAUCUAUAAAAUAUUAUAAUUUCAGACAAUAAUAAAAAAAAUACCUAUUUUUUCACAUUUUAUUUAAAUUAAAUGUAUAUACUACCCUUUGAGCUGCAAAAAAGUUUUUCUAGAUUAGCUGAAAUUAAAGAAUUUCGAAGUGGUGGAUUUAUAUACUUUAAAAUAUAUAUAGUUGAUAGCUAGAAUAGGUUUCUGAGUUUCUCAAAAGAGAUGUUGGUAAAUAAUGAGUAUCCUAUCGAAAUAGAAUCUGAGCUAAAAAGAAUUUAAGUUUCAAUUUAUGGUCUUUAAUCCAAUUAAAGCUUAAUUAAUGGACAACAAAUCAUAAAUUAUUACUAGUAUAAUUCUUAAAGUUUAGCUUUUGAGUUUAGUGAUUUGCAAAUAAUUGGAUCUGGUAAUGAAUUAUUAUUUUCUGUUAAUUCGACAAUAUAUACAAAUUCUGCUGUUAAAUAACCAAUACUAUUAUCAAUUGGUUUUAGAAAUUGCAUAACAGGUGAGGUUAUUUAAUAUAUAAAUGAUUAAAUUUAUUAAUGUAAUUAAUGCUUGGAAGGCACUUAUCAGAUAAAUGACCCUCUUUAACUUUAUAAGUAGUCUAUAAAAGGAAGAAGCGAUAUAAAUAGAUGUAUAAAUUGUCCUGAAUCAGCUAUUAAGUGUGAAGGAAAUAAGAUAUCUUUAAAAAAUGGAUUCUGGAGAAAAAGUAAUUUUACAGAUGAAAUUAUAGAGUGUGAUCCUAUUUUAAACUCGUGUUAAGCACAAAAUCCUCUUAGUAUUAAUUAUUGCUCAACUGGCUACUUGGGUCCUAUUUGUGGGCAAUGCGAUAUUUUAGGUGAAAUUUGGAAAGGUUCACGUUACUCAGAAUCUAUUUCCUAAGGAGUUUGUUAAAUAUGCGGUCCUAAACUCAAUUAAUGGGUUUAUUUGGUUUUAAAAAUAAUAUUGUUUGAAGCAUACUUCUUGAACGUUUUAAAUAUUUUUGUUCAAAAAUUUAAGUAUACUUAAACAUGUUAUUAUUUGAGAAAAUUAAAAAUAAUUCCAAUUAGCAGUAACAGUAUAUCAGACUAUUCUGGAUUUUACAUAAAAAUAAUUCUAAACUAUUAUCAAAUAUCUUCUAUUCUAAUUUAACAACCAAAAAUUAUUUCAAUUAAUUUUAAUUUCUUGAACGAGAUAUUUGGAUCUGGUGAUAGAUAAAUUUAAUUGGGAAUUGAUUGUCUUAUUAGUGAAGGUAUUAUUCAAAAGCUAAAUAAAAUACUAUUUUAUACCUUAAUUUAAUUUUUGGUACCUAUAAUAGCACUAUUUUUUAUUCCUUUGACCCUUAAGUUUUAUGAAUAUAUUGGAAAAGUGAGAUUAAGAAAAUACCAUUUUUAUUUGCUGUUUCAUAUAAUUUUUAUUUACUUUUAAAUGAGUUAGAUAUCCUAUUUUUCAAAAUCACUUACUUGUAGAGAAAUAGGAAGCCAGCUUUAUAAUCCUAUUGAUUUAACAAUAUAAUGUUACGAAGCUAGUGUUGUUAAAUAUCUCUAUCCUUUCUCUUUAUCAGUGUUAAGUUUUUGGACUCUUUUCCCAUUAGUGCUUCUAAAGUAAAUUAAAAAAAAUAGGAAAAAAUUAGAUUAAUGUAUAAUAAAAUAUAAAUAUGGUUAUUACUAUGGUGAAUUAAAAGAUAAGUAUUACUAUUGGGAAUUCGUUAGAAUUUAUUUAAAGAUUGCUAUCAUUUAUUUGUAUACUUUAUUAUCUAGAAAUAACCAAUAUAUAGCCAUCCUAGCAAUAACAAUACUAAUAUGCUUCUAUUUAAAAAUUAUAUCCUAGAAUAAUCCUUUUAUUUCAUUUAGCAUAUAAAAGUGUGAGAUAGCAUCAUAUAUACUUAUUAUAUUGAAGAUUUUUCUAUUAGCAAUAUAAAAUUAAAAUCCUUAAACCUAAAGAUUGAUAGAAAUAUCUCAAAUAUUUAUCGAUUAUUUUUUCUUUUUUUGUUUCUUGCUAAUAGUAAUUGGAAUAAUGUUAAGCAGCUCAAAGUCUAAAUUAAUGAUUUAUGUAAAAGAGCAAUUAUUAAAAAUUAUUUCUUUAAAAUCAUUAAAUAAACUUGUUAACUUUAAGCAUGUAUCAUUUAAAGCAUACAUGAAAUGGAAAUUAGUCUACAAGAUGUUUAGAUAAAGCUUAAAAUACCAAUAAAAAUUAAAGAAAAAGCAGACUAUUUAAAAUAUAAAAAACCUGUAGAAUCUUUAGAAUAUCAAAAACAAGUAGAUACUUUAAGCCAAAAAUAAUCAUUUGAUUCUCUAGAGUAAUUAGACUACUUAAAAUACUUAUUCUAAAGUUAAUUCUUUAAGCCCACAUUAAAAAUGUAUAGACAUUGGUUCUACUGAAUAAUUUAUUUGAAUAAUUUUAUGUUUUUUAACAAAUAAAUUUGACUACUCAUAUUAUAUAUAUAUAUUAUAUGUUAUUAAAUAUUUGUACAAAGCUUUACUUUAAAAUAAUAUAAUUUUAAAUCAAAAAAUCA